AUGGGCAAUACGGACAGUACAAUAAAAGAAGAACAGCGUAUUCUUCGUCAUCCACAAACAGGUGAAGCAAGUGAAUUCUAUUGGGCUUGUCGAAAUGG